AUCCUUCUUUACCACAAAAAUUGCGUUGCCAGUUGCAGACAAAUGCGAUCACGUAAUAAACCUGAAUUAUUCCUGACCAUAACAUGUCGAAUCGAGCGGGGGGUCUCUACGGAGGAAUACAGUUCUCUGGCUCUACUGCUCCUACUAUAACUCGUCCUGCGCCUGCUGAUCCAAAGCCAGAGCCAGUACCAGCCCUCAGUUCAGCUCCUCCUGCUUCAGCGAUUCCUAGUGCUACCACAACUUCGAUUGAAGGAACACCUGCCCCUUCAGGAGGCAAACUUACAGCCGGAUGGUCUGCUGCACUCGCUUUUGCUCCCAUUAGGCGAAAUCCAAACCAGAAGGCUAAAGGCACCGCUCCUAGAUUGCCAGUGGGGGCUGCACUUGCCUCUGCUACCGGUACCGCUUCACUUUCUUCGACGGCUUCGGUUUCCUCGACCGCAGUCAUUUUCGCCCCACCUUCCUUGGUAGAUCCUGAAAAAUCUGAACCGGCUCUUGUCGUGGACGACGCACAUGCGCCACAAGGUCAAGGAUGGGGAAAGAAAGUCAAACCGCCUUCUAUGAUCCUCGAUGAGGACGUGAAUGGGUUCAAAUCCAAUCAAAAACGAAAAGUCGGGAAAGGAAAGAAUAAAAAGAAUCGGAAUGCACCUGUUGUCUCUGCCUGGGAUCCCAUGGAGCUCUACGAACUUCUUAGGCCUAACGACUACAACGAGUACAAACUUUGGAAGCAAAAAGAGCGAAUCGACCGUCGUGAAAGGCUUGCUGAAGAACGCCGAAACGCAGCCCGCAAAAGAUCUCGAUACAGUGAUUACUCCGACAGUAAUUACUCGUCUUCUGGGGAUGAGCGCCCGCCACGUAAAAAAAGUGGUCGUUUCAACGACCAUGAUAGCUUUGAUCACUGGUCUCGAGCGGACGAUGAAAAACGGGGACUUGAACAUAGUUCUCAAGGCCCUCCUGCUACCGCUCAGCCUGUUCAAAUCGACCGUGACCUUACUGGCGAUGAGGCGUAUCAACGGCGGUUGCAAAUGUCUAUGGGGAUUCGACCUGCUCUCCCUCCAGUUACUCAACCACCUCCCCCUUCUGCCAAUGACGGGGACAGCGCUGACAGCCAAAGUCUGAGUAGCACGGUUGGAUACGAACCUCCUUCAUCUUCUCACCCCGAAACUGGCGAUGAAGCCUAUCUUCGACGUCUAGCAAUGAGUACUGCUGUGCCCCCUGCACUUGACAAACCACCGUCCGUGCCACAACCACCCCGCCAACCGUCUCCUCAACUGGCGUAUAAUCCGUUUGCACCUCCUGUUGUCCCUCCUCCACCACCCGGACCUCCCGGGUCGUUUGUUCUGGACGAAAGAGCUAGGAUGGCAGCGGCCAUAGCUGCUAAACUAGGAGCUAUUCGACCUCCUCAGCCUACUGAAUCUGCCCCGCCGCCAGUCGAGGAGCAAUCGAAACGACCCGACCCUCAUGGAUUUGCCGCUCGUCUCAUGGCCAAGUGGGGGCACAAAGAAGGACAAGGGUUGGGCGCUGAUGGAUCUGGCAUUGUCAACGCCCUCACAGUUGAACAGGUCAAAGGAGGCAAGGGUCCUGGAGCUACUCGCGGCGGGAUGACCAACAGAGGCAAAAUUAUCAACAAUAAUGAGGAUGUGAAAGCCCGAGAACAAGCUCGAUUUGGGGAGCCGAGCCCAAUUGUACUGCUCACCAACAUGGUCGGUCCUGAAGAUGUUGAUGACGACGACUUGCGGGGCGAGAUUGGGGAUGAAUGUGCUAAGAACGGUACUGUCGAGAGGGUGUUGAUUCAUCUCAUGAACUCUGCUGUAGACCCGGCUGAGGCAGUACGUGUCUUCGUUCAGUUUGCGGGUCCCACUGGAGCAUGGAAAACUGUGCAUGAGUUUGACGGACGAUUCUUUGGCGGGCGCUCUAUACGAGCUCGGUAUUUCCCCCAACAAUUAUAUGAUAUGGCAGCAUUCGAUUCCCCGUUGUAGGAAACCUUGUUAUUUCCUUCUGUACCCUA